CCGGCUGCAGACGCUCUCUGCGCCUGCUCAGUGAUUUGAAAGAUGGCGGGAGUGACGGUGGAUUUGGUAACGGACGAUGAAACGGACAACAAGGAUUCGGGCACUUUCAUCAGCGGUGACUCGGAUUUGCCGGCCGUCUUCCUCUGCUCACAGUGUCGGCUACCGGUGGGAGAUUCGCUGGCCUGGGUCGGAGCAAACCCGAAAGAGGACAUGAUCUAUCUGAGCAGUGUUACUAACAAUAUCAAAGUAGACAAAGAACAGAAGGUAGACACUGCAGAUGAGUCUGGUUGCAUUUAUGUGUUGUUAUCCUGUAGUGGCUGCUCUCUGUUGCUGGGUAGAAUGUACCAUAGCACUCCAGUCCACCUCGACUACAAACGGAAUGUAUAUUGCUUGUCUGUAGCCUAUAUUGAAAGUUAUGUCCUUGGCUCCACCAUGAAUUCAGAAUUUGUUGAUGAAAAUAAAAAGCCGGUCGUUCUAGAAACUCAAGUUGAAGUCCUUGAAGAAUUGGCAAAGUCUCAAACUGUGCUGAAUCUAAUGCUCGCAAGACUUGCAGCUGUUGAAGAAAAGAUAGAAUCAUUGCAGAAUAAGGGAUAAUUCUAACAAGUAUGGCAUUCAAAAUUCAUGGUAAUAUAGAGGCUUCAUAUUGAAGGUGUCAGCAGAUGGCAGGUGCCUGCUCUUGUAGAAUUAAUUCGUUGCAAGCAAUCUUUGAGGAAGUCCUUUUUUGUUUCUUCCCAUGUCUGAUUGUGCUGGCUUUGUUUAUUGUCCAAAUUCAAACCUUAGCUUAUGUUUCUCAUAUUGUAUAUGUUAUGCAUUGUACCAAUUUCUGAAUUUAACUUCAAAUCUUAGUCUUAAUCUGUGUAAAAGAGAAAAAACAGUUGAUUAAUCAAAAUUAUCACUUGUAAAAUAUAUCAAUUGUAAAAUAUAACUGAUGUAAUUAUGUCUGUAAUUAAACAUAAAGAAGUGCAGUCUCUAACCAUUUCACCUUGCUCCAUAUCUGUCGUCAUUGGAUUGUUUUAAUUGUAGUUGCUUUGUUUUGGAAAUGUGAGAUCAUAUUAAUGUGAAAAUA